CUCUCUCUCUCCCUCAUCAUCAGUUCGUCACCUGAGCGGUGUUCAGACCAUCGCUUCGUUCAGAUCUCUCUCGUGUUUCUUCGUGAGGAACGGAUCAUGAUGAGCGGUUUAUCUGUUGUUCAGCUGCUGCUCGUGACACUGACGAUGAGCGCGAGGGAAGCGCGGGAGAUCGGUGGCGGGAAUUUCCUUGAGGACGAGCAGCAGUGGCUCUCAACCGUCCAUCAGUACAGCCGAACCGUCAAACACUGGAACCGCUUCAGAGACGAAGUGGAGGACGACUACAUCCGUACGCUGGAAACUCCACAGGCGUCUGAUGAGAGUCUGGACACUACGAAGGAUCCGUGUCAGAAGGUGAGAUGCAGUCGUCAUAAAGUGUGUGUGGCUCAGGGCUACCAGAGAGCCAUGUGUGUGAACCGCAAGAAACUCGAGCACAGAAUCCGUCAGUCUGGACAGAAACCUCGUGAGAAGAACGGCUGUAAACCCUGUUCAGUGACGCCCUCCGCGCCUGUGUGCGGAUCAGACGGACACAUCUACACCUCACAGUGUAAGCUGGAGCAGCAGGCGUGUUUGGCGGGGAAGGAUCUGUCGGUUCUGUGUUCUGGGUUAUGUCCUUGUGUCACGGCUGGAGUUCAUCAAGCAGAACCCAAGAUUAAGACGAACCCAGAGACUUCAGCCGAACCCGAACCGGAUCCAGAGAUCUGCACCGGCCAGGAUCUGGCAGAUUUGGGCGACAGACUCAGAGACUGGUUUCAGCUUCUACACGGAAAUGCUAAACAGAACAACUCUGGAAAACAAGGACAAGCCACAGCGUCAGUGUUUGAGCGGGGUCUGGUGGCCGGCUGUAAGGACUCCAUCGGCUGGAUGUUCUCUAAGCUGGACUCCAGUAACGACCUGUUCCUGGAUCAGUCCGAGCUGGCCGCCAUAAACCUGGAGAAGUACGAAGUGUGUAUCCGGCCGUUCUUCAACUCGUGCGACUCCUACCGGGACGGGAAGGUCUCCACGGCUGAAUGGUGUCUGUGCUUCUGGAGAGAGAAACCUCCAUGCUUGGCUGAAAUCGAGAGGAUCCAAAUACUGGAGGCGUCUAAGAGGAAAGCAGGCAUGUACAUCCCCAGUUGUGAUGAGGACGGCUACUACCGGAAGCUUCAGUGCGACCGAAGCCGAGGCGAGUGCUGGUGCGUCGACCCUCAGGGGUCAGAGGUCACCGGGUCCCGUAUCCAUGGAAACCCAGACUGCGAUGAGCUGCUCAGCUCUGGAGAUUUCAGCAGUGGCGUCGGCUGGGAGGACGAGGAGGAGAAAGACAUGGAUGAGAACGGAGAGGAAGAAGAGGAGGAGGAAGAGCCGGGAGAGAGUGAUGAUGGUGGAUACAUCUGGUAAAACACCUUCAUCAUGUGAUCAGAUGAAACAUGUGGCGUCCGACGCACCGACAAACCACCUCCUGAAACAUUCAACCGACAUCUGAGUUUGUAUUCUAAUGUCAUGUGUGUGUCAGUGUGUGAAGAGGCCAUAUGAUGCACUUUUACAGAGUCUAGAACAGGUUUUCCUGCUUGAAUGUUGAUUAUUCUCCUCUGAUUCUCCAUUGUUGCGGCUCCUCUCGUCCCAGUCUGUCAGUAACGCUCGCUUUACUUCCUGUUUCUAUCAAGCCCCGCCUUCUGAAAGCACACUGUGCUCUGAUUGGCCACCUGGAGCGGUGUGUUGUGAUUGGUCGAGUGUGU